UCUCUCUCUCUCUCACAAAGAUCUUUACUUUACUUUUCCAGUAUUCUCUCUCUUCUCUCUAGUCUCUACUUAGCUGCCUGCUUUAGCUCCUUUUUACCUCCUCUUUCAUCUCUCCUUUUGCAAAUGAGAAAACCCAAACUCUUUUCCCAAACCAUUACCAUCUCAUGAACAAUCUCAAAGGUGGCUCUCUCUACUCAGAGAGCCUACCAAUCUAACUCAAAACUCUUUUUUCUCUACAUCUCAUCUGGGUUGGUCUCUCAAUUAUUUCUACCCUCAAAGUAUCGAUUUUUAUAUCUUCUUUCUUUUUUGUUUUUCUGUGUGUGUAAACCCUCUCUGUAGAAGUUAUGAUGGCUCACUCCAUGGACGAUAGAGACUCUCCUGACAAAGGUUUUGAUUCCGGCAAGUACGUUAGGUACACGCCGGAGCAAGUUGAAGCUCUUGAGAGAGUUUAUGCUGAGUGUCCUAAACCUAGCUCUCUUCGAAGACAACAGCUUAUUCGUGAAUGUCCCAUCCUCUGUAACAUCGAGCCUCGACAGAUCAAAGUUUGGUUCCAGAAUCGAAGAUGUCGAGAGAAGCAGAGGAAAGAGUCAGCUCGUCUUCAGACAGUGAACAGGAAACUGAGUGCGAUGAACAAGCUUUUGAUGGAAGAGAAUGACCGUUUGCAGAAGCAAGUAUCCCACUUGGUUUAUGAGAAUGGAUUCAUGAAACAUCGUAUCCACACUGCUUCUGGGACGACCACAGACAACAGCUGUGAGUCUGUGGUCGUGAGUGGUCAGCAACGUCGCUGAAAUCCUCAAAGAUCGUCCAUCAUGGUUCCGUGACUGUCGAUGUGUCGAGACUCUGAAUGUUAUACCCACUGGAAGCGGUGGUACUAUCGAACUUGUCAACACUCAGAUCUAUGCUCCUACAACACUAGCAGCAGCUCGUGACUUUUGGACGCUGAGAUAUAGUACAAGUCUAGAAGAUGGAAGCUAUGUGGUUUGUGAGAGGUCACUAACUUCUGCAACUGGUGGCCCUAAUGGUCCGCUGUCUUCAAGCUUCGUGAGAGCCAAAAUGCUGUCAAGUGGGUUUCUUAUCCGUCCUUGUGAUGGUGGUGGCUCAAUUAUUCACAUUGUUGAUCAUGUUGACUUGGAUGUCUCAAGUGUUCCUGAAGUGCUCAGGCCUCUCUAUGAGUCUUCCAAAAUUCUUGCUCAGAAGAUGACCGUCGCUGCUCUGAGACAUGUGAGGCAAGUUGCUCAAGAGACUAGUGGAGAAGUUCAGUAUAGUGGUGGACGCCAGCCUGCAGUUUUAAGAACUUUCAGCCAAAGACUCUGCCGUGGUUUCAAUGAUGCUGUUAAUGGUUUUGCGGAUGAUGGAUGGUCUCCAAUGAGUAGUGAUGGAGCAGAAGAUAUUACAAUCAUGAUCAACUCUUCCUCUGCUAAAUUCGCUGGCUCUCAAUACGGUAGCUCAUUUCUUCCAAGUUUUGGAAGCGGUGUCCUCUGUGCCAAAGCUUCUAUGCUGUUGCAGAAUGUUCCACCCCUUGUACUGAUCCGUUUCCUGAGAGAACACCGAGCUGAAUGGGCAGACUACGGGGUUGAUGCCUAUUCUGCUGCAUCUCUCAGAGCAAAUCCUUUCGCUGUUCCGUGCGUCAGAACUGGUGGUUUCCCUAGUAACCAAGUCAUUCUUCCUCUCGCACAAACACUCGAACAUGAAGAGUUCCUCGAAGUGGUUAGACUCGGAGGUCAUGCUUACUCACCUGAAGACAUGGGCUUAUCUCGGGAUAUGUAUUUACUGCAGCUUUGCAGCGGCGUUGAUGAAAAUGUGGUUGGAGGCUGUGCUCAGCUUGUCUUUGCUCCUAUCGAUGAAUCAUUUGCUGAUGAUGCACCUUUGCUUCCUUCUGGUUUCCGUGUCAUACCGCUCGAACAAAAAGUGAAUCCGAAUGACCAUCAAUCUACAAAUCGAACACGGGAUCUAGCGUCAUCUCUUGAUGGUUCCACCAAAACCGAUUCAGAAACAAACUCCAGACUGGUCUUAACCAUAGCCUUCCAGUUUACAUUUGAUAACCAUUCAAGAGACAAUGUUGCUACAAUGGCCAGACAUUAUGUGAGGAAUGUUGUUGGUUCGAUUCAGAGAGUUGCUUUAGCCAUCACCCCUCGUCCUGGCUCGAUGCAACUUCCCACUUCCCCUGAGGCUCUCACGCUUGUCCGUUGGAUCACUCGUAGUUACAGUGCUCAUACAGGGGCAGACCUGUUUGGAACUGAUUCUCAAUCCUGUGGAGGUGACACAUUGCUUAAGCAACUUUGGAACCACUCUGAUGCUAUAUUGUGCUGCUCCCUCAAAACCAACGCCUCCCCGGUAUUCACAUUUGCAAACCAAGCCGGGUUAGACAUGCUUGAAACAACGCUCGUGGCACUUCAGGAUAUAAUGCUCGACAAAACUCUCGAUGACUCUGGUCGUAAAGCUCUUUGCUCCGAAUUCGCUAAGAUCAUGCAGCAGGGCUAUGCUAAUCUUCCGGCGGGAAUAUGUGUGUCGAGCAUGGGAAGACCAGUUUCGUAUGAGCAAGCGACGGUGUGGAAAGUUGUUGACGACAACGAGUCAAACCACUGCUUGGCUUUUAUCCUCGUGAAUUGGUCGUUCGUUUGAAAAAAUAAAAUGGUUGAUUAUGUUUAGAUAUGAAAGUUAGGAUGCUGUUUUGGUAAGGUUUGUUAAAUUAGACGGUCCAUAACUCAAUAUGUAAUAUUGAAAAAUGUGAUGAUGAUUUCUUUAAUCAAUUAUGACACUAUGUAUAACGACAAUAUUCUGUGCUUUAGUGCUUAUGUUAUUUUUAUUAGUA